AUGGCCCUCCGAAGAGCCUUGCAGUUCCGGCCGGACGAUUUACCAACGCCGGACAGACCUCAGCGGACACCUUUGGCCAGGGACGUACAAGUUCAGAAAGUCGAAGUACACACGCCUGUUCACGAGUUUCUGGAGAAUGAUCGCAAACUUGCUGUUUCUGCAACUCGAACGAAGGACUUGUUCAGGCUGUGGUCCAGGAGACUGCUUCCGGAGGACGUGGUCUACCUGAAGGAGAUGCUCCUUGAGGGCAAAACACUCGACGGACGAUACGGCUCCAUCUGCAGUGGAAUGGACAUUGGAGCGACGGUCAUGAAGCAGUUCUGGGACUGGGCUCGUUACAAUUGGGAGCUGGACGGCAUGUACUUCCAACACAAGUUCGCUUGCGAAAAGGACGCUGCCAAAAGGAACUUCCUCCUGCAGGCACACCCGGAGAUCCAGCACAUGUUCAAGGAUGCCGCGGACAUGCAACACGACACUGUCUUCGACACGAAGUACUACACACAGAUCCAAAUGCCGCUGUGCACCGCAAUUACGGCGGGCUUCCCUUGUCAAGACUGCUCCGUGCUCAACACAUCGGCCUCCUCGUCGGACAAUAGAUCGUGCGUGGCGACAGGACGACUCCGUACCGGAUCGGUUUUGCACAACAUCGUGCAGUACCUCAAGACUCAAGGAGCGGCAGCGCCGAAAGUCUGCAUGUUCGAGAAUGUCGUUGGACUGACCCGGACACAUGAGCGCGGAGCAAACAAUAACCUGGACCACGUGGGACACCUGCUGGACAAGGAGACGAAUCGACUUCUACACGUCUGGGAGUUGGACCCACGUAUGUUUGGAGUUCCGCAGAGCCGGAAGCGGCUGUGGAUGACAGCCAUUCCUCGCAAGUGUUUCGAGGGACUCCUCCCAGAACCCGCCGUUCACAAACUCCUCAACAGCAUCAUGAAUACCCUGCUUGGUUUGCUGGUAAUGCCGGUCUCGGACUAUUUGGUCCUGCCAAGGUCCACAAGCCUGAUGACGUUCAACCACGAGGCCCAACGAAAGCUGGAGAUCAUGCGCACUCGACGGGCCAAUCGUCGUGCUCAACGUCGUGCACUACAGGAAGCCCAAGAGUCCCAGGACACACAGCACGAGGACCACGCAGUACCGCAACGCCGUCUUUCCGUUGGUUCUUAUUUGUCCAGUCGUGCAGGAAGUGCCAGCCAGGUGAGCACAUGUUCAUCUGGCACCCGGAUGUUGGCACGGGAAAGGAUCGUGACAAAGGACUGGCUGAAGAGCUUCCGCCGUGCAGCUCGUCAAAGGCCCUACCUGAAGUGUAUGACAGCCCGUAAACGCAGGACUUUGUUCAAGCUCGGAAUACGCAAUUUCCCAACCACGGCGGCCAAUCUGAAGGUCGUGGACAUCUCGCAGGACAAGUUUGCGCACGCCACGGACCACUCCCCGUGCAUCACUCCGAAGGGCGAGCGGUACUUGACCUCGGAGUGCAGGCCCAUGCUGCCGGUGGAGUCCAUGCGACUGCAAGGGCGAUGGUUCAAAAGCGACGAUCCUUUGCUCUCGACGGUGCCGCAGGGCCUACUCGCAGAUCUAGCAGGCAACGCCUUCGAGGCAAGUUGCUGUGCUGCUACAUUCUGGACAACGAUGGUCUUUUUUGCACGCAUCAGGAAACUCAGCGAGGCGCAGGACAAAGCACGUGGGCCACCCGUUGGCAGGCAGUACCACACACCGGACUUCGACUCGCAGGUCCUUCUGGAUUUCAGUGACAUCGAAGACGACUUGCACGGAGAUCAGACUGAGGAGGACGACACCCGCUUGGACGCAGAAGGACAAGACCCGCGUGGAAUGCCAUGA